AUGUCGCGAGGAACAUUUAAUUUUGUAUUAGAAAUUAUAAAACCACAAUUAAAAAAGAAAGAGGAUCAAAAUCGUAAUCAAUCUGGUCGAAAUACUAUUAGUCCUGAAAAACAACUACUAAUGACGAUAUGGACACUUGCAACACCAGAUUCAUAUCGAUCUAUAUGUGAUCGUUUUGAUGUAGGUAAAGCUACUGGUUGGCGAUCAGUAAAACGAGUUGUAAAUGCUUUGAUCAAUCUUCGAAAUUAUUAUAUUAAAUGGCCAACAGAAGAAGAA